UAGUUAGUGGAGGGAAGUUCUGACACAAUCAAACCAGUCUGGCAUCUACAAAGGUAGAACAGCGUCCUGUGAGAACACACAAGCAAAGCUUCUCCUGGAAUAAAUCACCUGACAUCCGAUCCUCUCCAUUAGCUGUCCUGUUUCUGCUGCCCUGGAAACCAUGCAAGGACUAGAACAGACCCCCAUGGCAGUGGUUCCUGGAGGGGCUCAGCCCUCGGAGAAGUCUGUUAUGAAAUCACAGAUGUGGAAUGAGAUCAAAGAGGAAUUCUUGAAGGGGGAACCCAAAGUCCUCGGGGUUGUACAAGUUAUGAUUGCUCUCAUAAAUCUCAGCUUAGGAACAAUAAUAUUGACAAAUAUAUUUGCUGAACCAAUCAUUUCAGUGGUCUUACUGGCCCCAAUUUGGGGACCAAUAAUGUUCAUUGUCUCAGGAUCCCUGUCAAUUGCAGCAGGAGUGAAAACAACAAAAAGCCUGGUCAUCAGCAGUCUAACUCUGAACACUAUCAGCUCUGUGUUGGCUGCCACUGCAAGCAUAAUGGGUAUUGUCAGUUUGGCUCUGGGAUCAUAUUCUCCCUUUCGUUAUAAUAAUAAUACAAUCACCAGGGGUUUGGAUGCUUUGAUGUUAGUUUUAAAUCUGCUAGAAUUCUGCAUUGCUGUGUCCGUAUCUGCUUUUGGAUGUAAAGCUUCCUGUUGUAACUCCAGUGAGGUUCUUGUAGUGCUACCACCAAAUCCUACUGUGACAGUGAUGGCACCUCCCAUGACACUUCAACCAUUGCUACCAUUAGAACAGCAAGGAAAAAAUGUUCCAGAAAAUCUAUGCAAGAACUAUGCUGGAGAUAUAGUCUAAUUUUAGUGUGUGUAUGUGUGCAUUUCCCUGGGAAAUUAUUACUUCAUUGCACUGGCUAUUGGGGGGAGGGGCACAUCAGGCAUGCUGU